UAUACUUCAGGCACCACUUCAUCACCCAAAGCCUGUUUAUUUGUGGACACUGCCAAUGUUUCACUCGAAUGGAUGGACUUACACUUGGGGCAUGGCCGCCGUUGGUGGAACCAACAUUUGCCUUCGAAAAUUCGAUGCAAGUGUCAUUUACAACAAAAUAAAUCGACAUAAUGUCACACAUAUGUGUGGUGCGCCAGUAAUACUCAACAUGCUAGCAAAUUAUCCACAUGCUAAGCAACUUAAAAGCCCAGUUCAGUUUCAAACUGGUGGCGCACCACCGCCAGCCGCAGUGGUCCUCCGGACGGAAUCUUUGGGUUUUGUUGUCUCUCAUGGAUAUGGAUUGACUGAGGCAGGUGGCGUGGUGGUCUCUUGUGCUUGGAAAUUGAAGUGGGAUUUAUUGCCAGCCACAGAGAGAGCCAAAUUGAAGGCUAGGCAGGGAGUGAGGACUCUAGGGUUGACUGAGGUAAAUGUUGUGGACCCUGAAACAGGUGUGGGCGUGAAAAGAGAUGGAUUAACAAUGGGUGAGGUUGUACUAAAAGGUGGGUGUUUAAUGUUGGGGUACCUUAAAAACCCGGAGGCAACUUCGAAAUGCUUGAGGGAGAAUGGAUGGUUGUACACUGGCGAUGUUGGGGUGAUGCACCCGGAUGGAUAUUUGGAAAUCAAAGACCGAUCGAAGGAUAUUAUCAUCACGGGUGGUGAAAAUGUGAGCAGCGUGGAGGUGGAAUCGGUGCUUUACUCGAGCCCCGUGGUUAAUGAGGCGGCCGUGGUGGCACGACCUGAUGAGUUCUGGGGAGAAACUCCAUGUGCAUUUGUAAGUUUGAAGGAGGGGUUGACUCUGAAGCCAACUGAAACUGAGAUAAUAGAAUUCUGUAGGGAGAGGCUGUCACAUUACAUGGUGCCGAAGACGGUGGUGUUCAUGGAAGAGCUUCCAAAAAAUGCGACGGGAAAGAUUCAGAAGUUUGCUCUAAGAGAGAUUGCUAAAGAUAUGGGGACCUUGCCACGAGCAACAAGUCGAAUAUAAAUUAAGAAACCAUAGCAAUUUAUAUUUCUGUACAUUUCAUUCUUUACAAUUUCACGUUUAUAAUUCUGUUCUU